UCCAUUAGAUCAAAUAUCGGAUAGCAAAAACAUUUUGCCUUGACGUGAUCAUGGAUGGUUCCUGCAAUAAUCUUGUGGUUGUUUUUGUUUGGUUACUUACCUUAUCAAAUGUUGAUUUAUGCAUACGCAAAGCAUCUUGUGAGGUUCAAUGCAUUCCAAGUGAACAAGAUGCCUUACUUAAGAUGAAGCGUCACCUCUCAGAUCCUUCAAACAGGCUCGCCUCUUGGUCUCCUCAUGGAAAUUGCUGCAACUGGGCUUUCGUUAUCUGCCACAACAUUACAGGCCAUGUUCUUCAGCUCCAUCUCACAACUCCACCUCCUUCAGAGCUUCACUACAUGGUUUUCAAUGAGACAUUAAAUUUUGGUGGUGAGGUACAUUCGUCUUUGCUUGGCUUAAAGCAUCUGAACUACUUAGACUUGAGCAAUAAUGAUUUUGGAGGUAUGCAAAUUCCUACUUUUCUUGGUUCAAUCACAAGCUUGAUAUAUCUUAAUCUAUCUAAUGCCGUAUUUGGUGGAAACAUUCCUCAUCAAAUUGCAAAGCUUUCCAAUUUGCAAUAUCUUGAUCUCAGAGGUAAUGAAUUUAGUGGGAGCAUUAUUCAUCAAAUUGGCAAGCUCUCCAAUUUGCAAUAUCUUGAUCUCAGAGGUAAUGAAUUUAGUGGAAGCAUUCCUCAUCAAAUUGGAAAUCUCUCCAAUUUACAAUAUCUUGAUCUUGGAGAUAAUCAAUUUAGUGGAAGCAUUCCCCAUCAAAUUGGAAACCUCUCAAAUCUAAUCAAUCUUCAUCUCGGAUAUAGAUUGUCAAUACCUAUUGAAAAUCUUCAAUGGGUUUCCGCUCUUUCUUCUCUUCAAUAUCUUGAGCUGAGUUAUGCAAACCUCUCCAACACCUUUGACUGGUUGCAGAUUCUACAUUCACUUCCUUCUUUGAGAGAGUUGCAUUUAUUAGAAUGUGAUUUCAACCAUCAUUUUGAACCAUCCAUCAUAAACUUUUCAUCUCUAGCUGUCCUUCACCUUUCUGAUUCUUAUUUUGGCACUUCAUUGAUCCCAAAUUGGGUAUUUCAACUGAAAAGAUUGGUUCAUCUUCAACUAAACAAUAACAGUUUUCAAGGUCCCAUCCCAGUUGGUAUUCAAAACUUAACUCUCCUUCAACAUCUUGAUUUAUCUUACAAUCAAUUCAACUCUUCUAUUCCUGAUUGGUUGUACAAUUUUGGUCAUUUAAAGUCUCUCAAUCUCUUUCAAAGCUACAUAGUUGGCACAAUUUCUGUUAACAUUGGAAACUUGACUUCUCUUAUUACUCUUGAUUUUAAUUAUAAUCUUUUAAAUGGGCCGAUUCCAAUUUCUAUGGGAAAUCUUUGCAACUUGAAAAAAUUGGCUCUUUCAAACAAUAAGUGCAACCAUCAAAUUUCUGAAAUAUUAAAAAUUCUUUCAGCAGGAUGUGUUUCCCAAGCAUUAGAGAUUUUUUAUAUGAGUAGUUCCCAAUUAUCUGGCCAUCUCACUGACCAGAUUAGUCUUUUCAAAAAUCUUGUUGAACUUGAUCUUUCUGACAACUCCAUUCAAGGUCCAAUACCUAACUCAUUAGGAAACCUUGCAUCUCUAAAAUAUCUUGAUCUAUCUGGCAAUUCCAUUAAAGGUGCACUUCCUAGCUCAUUAGGAAAUCUUAAAUCUUUGAUCUAUCUUUCUCUUUGGAACAACACUAUUAACAGUGCAAUUCCUAUAUCAUUUGGAAACCUAACAUCUUUGAUGCACCUUGUUCUCACUAAAAAUCAACUUGAUGGAAAUCCCUUUGAGAUUCUAGGAUCCCUCUCUAAAUUGACUUUUCUUAGUUUGGGAUAUAAUCUCUUUCAAGGAGUUGUCAAGGAAGCCCAUUUUGAAAAUUUCACCCAUUUGCAGACAUUUUGGGCACCAAAAAACCAACUCACUUUAAAAGUGGACCCUAAUUGGAAUCCUUCUUUUUUACUUUUGGAGGGGUUAAGUUUGAAUUCUUGGAAUUUAGGUCCCCAGUUUCCAUCAUGGAUUCAAUCACUAAAACAUCUUUGGUAUUUGGACAUUUCCAACGCCAUGAUUUAUGAUUCUAUUCCAACUUUGUUUUGGGGUGCAAUGGGCAAUAUUCAAUAUUUGAAUAUCUCCUACAAUCAUAUUGAAGGAGAGCUUUCAACUAUACUGAUAAACACUAUUUUUGGAGGUGCUGUUGAUCUAAGCUCAAAUAAAUUACAUGGCCAAUUACCUUAUGUAUCACAAAAUGUGACGUACAUAGAUCUUUCAAGCAAUUGGUUUUCGGGACCCAUCACUCACUUCUUGUGUCAUAGACAAGAGGAGACGAAGGCGUUACAGUUUCUUAAGGUGACAUCAAAUAAUUUAUCAAGUAACUUACCUGAUUGCUGGAUGAGCUGGCCAUAUCUUACAACAGUGAACUUAGCAAACAACCAUCUCUCUGGGAUGUUAAACACAUCCAUGGCAUCCUUGUCGGAGUUGCAAAUGUUGAACCUACGCAAUAAUAAUUUUUCUGGAAAUUUUCCUAGUUUUUUGAUGAACAAAAGCAACCUGAUUUGCUUGGAUCUAGGAGAAAAUCAAUUUUCAGGAAUACUUCCAUCUUGGGUUGGACAAAGGUUGUCAAGUUUAAAGAUUCUUGUUUUGAGAUCAAACCAAUUUUCUGGUCCCAUUCCUCAUCAAAUUUGCGACAUGAGUUUCCUACAAAUCUUGGACCUUGCACACAACAAGUUGAUAGGAUAUAUUCCAAAGUGUGUUGAGCAUUUGAGUGCUAUGUCAAUAAUAAAUGGUAGUUUAGAAUCAUCCAUUUAUUCUGCACAACAAAUUGACGGGAUAUAUUUCACAUUGUUCGUUGAAGCAUUAUUGGUGAAAGGAAGAUUUUAUGAUUACAGCAGCAACCUUGGCCUCGUCACAAGUAUUGACUUUUCAAGUAAUGAAUUAUCUAGAGAGAUACCAACAGAAUUUACAAGCCUUAAGGGACUGCAUUUUUUGAACCUUUCAAAUAAUCAUUUUAUUGGCCAAAUUCCUCAAAAAAUUGGCCAUAUGGAAUCAUUGGAGUCUAUAGACUUGUCAAGAAAUCUACUUUCAGGGACCCAAUUACAGAGUUUUGAAGCAUCAAGUUUUAUAGGCAAUGAUUUAUGUGGUCCUCCACUCAACAGUAAUUGUUCAUCCAACAGCCCCACUAAUGCCAAAGACAAAGAAGUCCAUCAUGAGAAUGGAAUCAACUGGUUCUUUGUAAGCAUGGCAUUAGGAUUUAUUGUGGGAUUUUGGGUAGUAGUGGGUCCUUUGCUCUACAGUACUUCAUGGAGGUAUGCUUAUUACCAAUUCAUUGAUAGGAUAUGGUAUAAACUACAAUAUCAUUGUUACUGGUGAAAGCAAACUAAGGCCAAAUUUGCAUCUAUAAGGUUCGCGCUUCUAGAAGAAAUGAGUGAUUUACCUCUCUCGUAAUCAUCUUAUGCUUUUCAAUGAUGAUGUUAUUGAUAAAUAAAGUCAUUUACAAGGGUUGUGUAGUUCAACUUUGAAUGUCAUACCACUGUACAAUAUAUUUGUUGUGAUGAAAGAGUUGUUCUUAGUAGGUGCAUUA